UCAACAAUCAUAAUCACACUAAUCACAGUGUUCUGAUUUGAGUGAUUUCUGACUUUCUGAGUGACUUCUUAGUUCUCACUUGUCGUAAUAAAUUUGUACUAUUACAAUAGUGUAGUCUAAAUAGUAGGUAAUGUCUAUUAAGAGUUAAGACUAUUAAGUAUUUAAAUAUUAGGUACCAAAAUAAAUAAUUAUUAGCAUGCGCCAUGUAACUAUAUAAUUAGUAAUUACUAAUCAGUUACCUAAUAUGUAAAUCGUAAGUUUAAGCUGUUAGAUAUACAGAAUGACAGACUUUUAGAGUCUAAGCUGUACUUACUUAUCUUAGUAAGUUUCUAUUGAAGUCUGUGGCAUAUUUUAUAAAACAUUACCCUUCGACUUGAUCUGUGAUUGUGAGUAUUUUCGUAGAAAAAAAGUUUCAUACAUACAUCUCACUUCUAUCAUGUACGAUGUUCACGUUCUUUUUGUAGGCUACAGUCGGCCAACAGAAGGUGGUAUGUUGGCUAAUUGCACCUGCACAUUGGUCAAAGGUCCUAAAAACAUUAUUGUUGAUACUAUGACCCCGUGGGAUGGUAAGAAUUUAAUAAAUGCUAUUGAACAACAUGGAAUCGGAUGUGAUGACAUUGAUUAUGUAAUUAGUACUCAUGGCCACUCUGAUCAUGUGGGUAACAAUAACUUAUUUUUGAAUGCUAAGCAUUUGGUGGGUCGAUGUAUUAGUUACAAACAGAUGUACUAUGACGACAGUACAUUUUUCAACAGUGAUGGUGUGUAUGAAAUUGAUGAGAGUAUUCUAGUUAUCUCAACCCCUGGACAUACACUGACAGACGUAUCUGUUAUCGUUCAAACCACCAAAGCAUCAAUUGCAAUUGUAGGUGACUUGUUUGAAUGUGAAGACGAUAUAAUGGAUGAAUCCAUUUGGUUAAAUGCUGGUAGCGAAAAUCCAGAUUCACAGAAAAAGUAUAGAAAAGCUAUCAUGGAACAAGUGGAUUGGAUUAUUCCUGGGCAUGGUGCUAUGUUCUCUACCAGUAAAUACAAGUGAUCAAUUAUUAUAAAAUAGAAAUAAUCUUAAAACUGUUGAGUAUGUAUAUAUACUAUAAUGUAGACAAUUGUAAGUGAUUGUUAGCAAUUGUGAUGAAAUAAUUAUUUAUACUUACAAAAUACGAUACCAAUAAACAAUUAUUCAAGUAUCUAUUUGUUAAAUUUUUAUGAAUUUAAAUGAAU